CGCCAGAAUUUAACAAAAUUAAAAAUUAAAAAUUAGCAAUUUCAUUGACUUUUACGGAAGCAGCGCUUUUUAUAAUCCAAUUGAUUCGAAGCCGCAUAAAAGCGAGAAUCGCCCCCAUCCAUCUGCUGUUUCGCACCACCAGCCACCAAAACCGAAAGUCGCUGCCUUCAAUUUUCUUUCUUUAAAAGAACCCCCAAACCAGAGAGAAACUCAAACCCGACCCACCCACCCACAAACAACGCCAUGUCUGGAGGCAUAGCUCGUGGUCGUCUUGCCGAGGAGCGGAAGGCCUGGCGGAAGAACCACCCUCAUGGUUUUGUUGCGAAGCCGGAGACUUUAUCUGAUGGGACGGUGAAUUUGAUGGUGUGGCAUUGCACGAUUCCUGGCAAGACCGGUACUGACUGGGAGGGAGGUUUUUUCCCACUUACCCUUCACUUCAGUGAAGACUACCCUAGCAAGCCUCCAAAGUGUAAAUUCCCACCAGGUUUCUUCCACCCAAAUGUAUAUCCAUCUGGAACUGUUUGUCUAUCAAUUCUUAAUGAGGACAGUGGUUGGAGACCAGCAAUAACCGUGAAGCAAAUUCUUGUGGGCAUUCAGGAUUUACUGGAUCAGCCAAAUCCUGCUGAUCCUGCACAGACAGAAGGGUAUCACCUCUUCAUUCAGGAUGCCACGGAGUACAAGAAAAGGGUUCGGCAGCAGGCCAAGCAAUACCCACCUCUAGUUUAACGCAAAGCUGGCUUUCUAGUCCAAGAAAAUGCUGGUACUCUGGUAACCGUCGGUUGUUGCCUUUUGUUUAGUGUUAAAACUGCUCAUGUAAGAAAUUGUUGUUUGCAAGUUUUAGUUGACUCCUGUGUAGAACUACUUGCUUGAAUUAUUUUUCCUCUUAUCAUUUGGAUUAAAUUCUGCUAGUGAAUGACACACUAGCGAGUGAUCCAGUCAUACUCUGUGUCAAUGAGAAACACAAUCUUUCGUGUUGGGAGGACUAUGUCAAUUGUGUUAAUUUAUGAGUUUCUCGUUCCUGGUUGUGAGGAA